AUGAGAAUCCAACAGCAACAGCAACAAGUAACUGAUGUAGUACCAUCAUUAACAUGGGGUGGAGGUAGCCACCGUGUAGCAGCCAUUAAUCUGGAGGAAAGCCCUAAUAGUUCUGACAAACAUGAUCAUGAGGACUCUCAGAAUCAAGAUUUGAGUAUAAUAUAUAUGAUGUUCCAGAAACCUAGGUGGAGAAAGUUCCUAUCAUAUGUAGGCCCUGGAUUUCUUGUCUCCAUGGCUUAUAUUGACCCAGGCAGCAUGGAAACUGAUCUGCAAACUGGAGCAAAUUACACAUUUGAGCUACUAUGGGUGAUACUUAUUGGGUUUACCUUUGCGCUUAUAAUUCAAUCGCUAGCUGCAAAUCUUGGUGUAAGCACUGGUAAACACCUUUCAGAAUUAUGUAAGUUUGAGUACCCAAAAUAUGUGAAGUAUUGCCUGUGGUUGCUUGCCGAGUUUGCUGUCAUAUGCGCUGAUAUACCCGAAGUGAUUGGGACAGCUUUUGCACUAAAUAUAUUAUUCCACCUCCCACUCUGGAUUGGAGUUCUCAUCACUGGUUUAAGCACUCUCUUACUUCUUGGCCUGCAGAGAUACGGGGUAAUUUAUUCAUUAAUUAUUUAA